GUUCAACCGUUCAAGUGUCAGCCAUUAUCAGUGUUUCAACUAAUACAACAUUAAAAAUAGUUAUAAUCCAUCCAAAAUCUUGGAGCAAAGUCAAAGAACAGAGGAAGAGGCAAAUUUGGGUUUCUCGAAAUCGAUCCAACAUCCGAAGUUCUUACAGAUUUCAAAUCCUUACUAGGUUUUGAUAUGGAGAGAAUUAGAGAGAGAGUGAUCCAGAUAUAUGGCAACUUAGUUAGUUUAUUGCAGAAAUGCAUAUUUUGCAUUCUUUCUGUUGGUCCCAUACCUAAUCAUAUUGCAUUUAUUAUGGAUGGGAAUCGGAGAUUCACAAAGAAGUGCAAGUUGAUGGAAGGAGCAGGCCAUAAAAUUGGAUUUUCAGCUCUCAUGUCCAUGCUCAAGUACUGCUACGAAUUUGGUGUGAGAUACGUAACAGUCUAUGCCUUCAGCAUUGAAAAUUUCAAGCGAAGUCCUGAAGAAGUUCAAUCGUUGAUGGACUUGAUGCUAGAAAAGAUUGAAGAGAUACUCAAGGAACAGAGCAUUGUCAACCGCUAUGGUGUUAGAGUUAUAUUUUCAGGGAACCUGAAACUCUUGAGUGAACCAGUUAGGUUGGCAGCGGAGAGAGCUAUGCUUGCCACUGCUAAGAACUCCAAGGCAGUCUUGUCCAUUUGUGUUGCCUACACUUCCACUAAUGAGAUCAUGCAUGCUGUUCAAGAAUCUUGUGAAGAAAAAUGGGAUGAAAUUACUCUAUUGAAUUCAAGUGGAGCAGGUUAUGGCUUAAUCAGCCUUGGAGGGUAUGAACAGGAUGAAAUGGAUCACCUUAUAAAACUUACUGAUAUCGAGAAGCAUAUGUAUAUGGCAGCUGCACCUGACCCUGAUAUCAUAAUACGUACUUCUGGUGAGACACGUUUGAGCAAUUUUCUUUUAUGGCAGAGUGCAAACUGCUAUUUAUACUCGCCUUCGGUUCUUUGGCCGGAGAUUGGUUUUCGUCAAUUUCUGUGGGCCAUAUUGAAUUUUCAGCAAAUUCAUUUUUACUUGGACAAGCAAAGGAAGCAGUCAUAAAAGCUUCCCCGAUAUUGAUAUGCUUUGUUUGUGGGAUGUUCUCUAUCGUCUUUAGUAAUGGUAACAGAUACCAAUAUAAGCUUGGACUUGUUUUUGGUGUCCUCGCUGCUGUUACAUAUCUGAGUAUAGUACCAUAAAUGAAUCGAAGUUUAGAUUUGGAGGAACACAUUACAUGGUAGGGUGUAUGUUAGCAAGCAAAGUGCUUCUGGGUUAUAUUAUAUACUCACAGUUAUAGUCAAUGUGGUCAGAAGAUGGUGAUAGUGGGAUAGAUGAUAGAGAGAACAACUUUAUGACAGUUGGGGGUAUGUUUGGCUUUGUAACUUGUGAUUGUGUGAUGGAGAACAGCCUUCCAAGUAUUGGAAGAAAUGGUAAUUUCAUUCUAAACCCUAACUUUGGGAAGUAGGAUUUGAUUUGUUAGUGGACUUGUUUGUUUGGUUUAAAUUUCUUUAUUUGGGCUCCAGGGUUUGAAACAGCCUUCCAAGUAUUGGAAGAAAUGGAAUGUUCAUUCUAAACCCAAAUCAUAUGUUGUUAAUUUCAUACAUGUUUUAUGAUGUUUGGAGGUUGUGAUGUUUGACUAUUGAACAGUCUUUGACACUGAGAACUGUUGAGUAUUGUUAUUUCUGGAGAACUUGUUCUGCAAAAAUAAAUAUUUUUAUUUGUUA